AUGACGAGUUUGGAACGUUGUCGCCAGCUUUUGCACCUACGCAACCCAUUACUGGCAAAUACAUUGACGGAGUUCUACGCAACAUGCCUACUACUUUUCAUCGGAAUCGGUAUCGUUUGUCAAUUCGAACUUAGCAAUAAAAGCUUGAAUACUUGGGUUCAGAUAAACUUUGGAUGGGGAUUUGCGAUUAUGUUUUGUGUGUAUACUGCUUCAAAAACCUCAGGAGGACAUUUAAAUCCAGCGAUUUCAUUUAUGUUCUACACCUUGGGUAAAAUACCUUUCUCGUAUGUUAUCGCGUAUAGCGUUGCCCAGACUGUUGGUGCUUUCAUUGGUACGGCUCUCGCAUUUCUGGUGUAUUACGAUCAAAUAUGGCAUACGUUGGGUGCUGAAAGAAUCGCCGUUGGGGUAAAUGCAACUGCAACACUUUUCACCUCGAUGCCAGCACCGCAUGUAUCAAAUACGAUCGCCUUUUAUGAUCAAUUUGUUGGAACUGGAUUUCUCGCGUUGUUUGUGAUAGUGGUCAUUGAUAAGCGCAUAGAUUUACAUCCAUCAAUUCAUGCUCUGUUGAUUGGCUUGCUUAUCGCAAUGAUUGGCAUGGCAUUUGGAAUGAAUGUCGGAUAUCCAAUAAACCCUGCACGUGACCUUGCUCCACGCAUUUUUGCAGCUAUGAUCGGUUAUGGAACGGAAGUUUUUACGUACCAUAAUUAUUAUUUCUGGAUCCCGAUUGUCGCACCAUUUUUUGGUGCAACUUUCGCUGCAUGGUCUUUCUAUAUAUUUGUUGGCUUUCAUAUUCCUGACAAUGAAGAAACUGUGCCACUUAAAAGUCAACUUGAUUUAUGA